AUGGCUCUUGCGCCAGCCUUCAACGUGCAGGCCGCACCAGGCUUGAUGCCAGUGCAACGCCUCGCCGUGCUGCAGCAUCUGCAGCACAGUGUAAGCAUCCAAGAAGGACGACUGUUUUGCAGCAGCGCUGCUUUCAUAGCGCUCGUUGCCUUACCACGCAUCCGGCAGCGACGGAUGACAGCGACAAAGGCCAGCAGGCGUGCUUCUGCGCAGCAAGGCGUAGAGACGCGCAAGCAGCUUGAGGCAUUCCUUGAAGCUCAACGUCAAGCGCCGCCGGAAAAUGAUCCGCUGGGCGGUCCUCUCGUUCCGUACAAUGACGGCCCGCUGGACCUUUUUUGCAUUGCCAUUUUCCGCCAGGUGAUGUGCGGCGUCGCCGGUUGGCAGUCUCCGCUUGCAUUUUGGGGUCCAAAGGCCUAUGACGGCAUGUUGGAGGUGGCGCACGCUCAGCAGUGGGGAAAAAGCCUCCAGGAAACGGAGGACUCUGCAAUGUCCGUCAUUGAUGGGUUGCUCCCCGAAGAGGGCAAGGCUCGAUUUCGAUCGGCCUUACAAGCAGACAAGUUCGGGACAGAACUGAACGCUUGGAUCACCGCAGCCUUCUUUCCAUUCAUGGUAGGCAAGUGCGAGGUGGAACCACGGACUGCAGAGGACAUGCAGCAGAUACCACCCGGAGAGUCCUGGAACUGUGCGGUGAAGAUCGAGAAGUGUCGUUGGCUCGAGAGGAGUGGCUGCGUGGGAAUGUGCGCUGGCCUCUGCAAGCGGCCGAUGCAGCGAAUGUUCGGAGAGGUCCUGGGCAUGCCCCUCUCCAUGGAGCCCAAUCUCGAGGACUUGAGCUGUGUCAUGGUCUUCGGCAAAGAUCCGGAGCCUUGGGACCAGGCUGCUGAGAAGUGCCUUGUUGUCGGCAUCAUCGUGGUGAGGUCCACAGGAGAGCUCGACGAUGCGGCAGCGGGCCGAGACGAGCAACAAGAGUUCGCACUUGCCGUGAUCAGACCUGCGUCACGGGGUGAAUCUCAGGUGGCCUCGUGGGGUGUUUCAAAAGCCGUGGAGACGAGCCAGGCUGUGGAGCGCGCUCUUUGGCAAGCCGCGAUUGUUUUUUGCUUCCAGCAUUUCCAGCAGUGGCCUGAUGAGGCAUGUGCGGCGAUGGAACCGAGGAUUUGGAAGGUACUGGAGGGCAAAAGCAGCAACAUCAUCAAAUGGAAUGGCACCUCAAUCUUCCUGCUUGAGGGCUUCAAGAUGUAUCAGCUCAAGGAUUUCCCUUUCGAUCGCCACGUCAUCCGUUUACAAAACCUGGACUUUGUGUGGAGAAGCUACAAAGAUGAUGACGAUUUCUUUGACUCCAUGAAAAUCGUGUGGUUGCAAGUAGAGUCCAAAUCCAAUCUGCCGGAGUGGAACCCAGCUGGGCCUGUCAUCGAGCCUCUUCAGAAGGCAGCCGAUGGUGAUCCACAAGCCAGUCAGAUUUCAGUGAAUUGGGAUGAUGACGAUGAUGAGUCUGACUUUGCCAACAAGUUUCAGAUUGAUCUACGAAUCGAGAGAGCACACAAGUUCUAUGUGCGCCAAAUUUUCUUCGUCACAUAUUUGAUAACAGUGGCAUCUUGUUCGCCUUUGUUCAUGGGUCCGGAAGACAUGGGCGAUAGGCUGAGUGUUUACGGUGGGGGCCUGCUGACGCUCGUGGCCUUCAAGUACGGGGUCAUGGACCACCUCCCCAGCGUGCCCUAUUCGACAUUCACGGACUCAUUCUUGUUGUGGCAGCUGAUCACAAUAACUCUUUGUACCUUUGAGUCACUGAUCGCUUAUCGCCUGAAAAGCUACAACGAGGACACCAGGUGUUGCUUGCAAGGGCCUUUGGUGGGAGCUGACGAACUUUUAACAACAGCAUGUCAUCCAUCUCUGGGAGGACACUUGAGCUCUGCCAGAACCCUUUCCUGCAGCAAUUCUUUCUUAGGGGAGAUCACCAGAAAAUCCCCGUUACUCAACAAGCUAGCCACACGGAUCUUGUCCCAAGAUUUCAUUGUACAAAACAGCCAGUGCGUCGCAGAUUGUACCAGCAGGGGUAGAAGGGCCAGAGAGCGCAUGGUCAAGGCAGGAUUUAGCCUAUCACAUCCUAGCGCUUGCUCUGGCUGGCACCGUUGA